AUGGCCCACCACACCUACAAGUUCGACAAGUGGAGGUGUCUCGUACCGAGGAAGAGGGAGUGGUUUCGCGUCUUGCUGACGUGGAUGCUUGUAUUCAGUAGUUUGGGAAUGUUCAUCUGGGGGGUGGGUUUUGCAUACAUAAAGUAUACCAUAGGAUGGGUGUAUGUGGAACCGUAUGGGGCCAUACCGUAUCCGAAUCAAAUGUACCCUCACAAAUAUGCCAAAUACCAACCAAUGUUGAAUUCCUGGCAGCUUAUCGCUUUCUGCUGUCAAAUCUGCCUCACAGUCGAAGAGGGUUUGUACUGGUAUCACCUCAUGCGGGCUGUACGUCAGCCGAAGUCCGCAAAGGCAUGGAUCAACUCGAGCUUCUUCGUUUCUUGGGUCGCCAGUAGCAUUGCCGUCUUCGUAACGAUGUUCGGGGUGACUUUCAUCCGCACUGGCGGUGACUUCAUUCUUCAAACCUCGAGGACGGCGGUGCUGGGUGCUACAAUCGUCAUUUGGCAGUUCCCGCCUUUCUUGAGGGAUGUGAAAACCUCUGGUGCUGGUCCCGAAGUACGAUCCAGGCUGCAUUUCUACCAUGUCGGCCUAAUCUCGUCAGAAGCGAACAAAGUCAGGACGUUCUUCCGAUUGGCAUUCGUCUUCUGCGCUUGCACCCUCGGGGUCGACGGUCUCACUCCGGAGAAAAGGAUCAAUCUGACUCCAAAUAAUCUCCUAACCCAAACGGCGUACGGAUGUUAUUUUUUCCAGACUAUCAUCAGUGUGGUGCUUUACCUUCCCCGGAACUGGUCUUCCGCUGCGCGUGACCCGCAAGUGAUGGUCGGACGUCAAAUGCAUGCUGGACCCGAUCAUCAAGCUUCCAACGCUCUCAUGUCUCUUCUCCGCGAGGGUGGGCAAUGGGACGAAUUGGACGAUAUGCGAGCUGAUAUCAGGCUCAACGAACCUCAACCUAUGCCUUCGGAAAUUCGUAUUCACAUCGAAAGGGAAGUGCAUCAAGAACGAGAUGAACCUGACGAAAUCCCAAGGCGUAACCAAGGACAAACUCUGGCCGAGGCACUCAACGAUCUAGGUCACACUUGA